CGCUGUGUCUGUCCGCUCAGUGCGAUGAGAAGCAGUGGUCGGAGCGGAGGGGGUCCUGGCAGUGCCCGGCUCUAUGGAGGCAGCUGAGGAUGGUGUGCACCAGGAAAACCAAACCGCUGGUGUCCACCUGUGUCAUCCUGAGCGGGAUGAGUAACAUCCUGUGCCUGCUCUAUGUGGGCUGGGUGACCAACUACAUGGCCGGCCUCUAUGUGGCCCCUGACAGCACCAAACUGGAGCCCGAGGAUAAGGGGGACACCCUGAGGAUUAUAGAGAGGCUGGAGCGACUGGAGAGUGUCAUCAACCAGCACAUCCAAGAGGCUCCGCAGAAGGCAGAGGAAGGGGUGGCAGAACCAUUCACGGACUCUUCCCUCUUCUCCCACUGGGGUCAGGAUCUCAGCCCCGAGAACAGAAGGAUCGCCCUGAAGCAGUUUCAGUACUACGGAUACAACGCUUAUCUGAGUGACCGCCUGCCUCUGGACCGACCCCUUCCUGACCUGCGACCGGCGGGGUGUAAAAACCUCUCGUACCCGGAACAGCUCCCCCAGGUCAGCAUCGUCUUCAUAUUCGUCAACGAGGCUCUCUCCGUCAUUCUCAGGUCCAUCCACUCCGCCAUUGACCGGACACCCCCAGAGCUUCUGAAAGAGAUCAUCCUGGUAGACGAUAACAGUAACAAUGAAGAGCUGAAGGAGAAGCUGACGCUCAACGUGGACGAGGUCAACAAACGCAAACCCGGGUUCAUCAAGAUGGUCCGACACAACAAGCAGGAAGGGCUGAUACGGUCCAGGGUCAGCGGGUGGAGAGCGGCCACGGCCCCGGUGGUGGCGCUGUUCGAUGCCCACGUUGAGUUCAGCGUUGGCUGGGCAGAGCCAGUGCUGAACCGGAUCAAAGAGGACCGGACGAUCAUCAUCUCUCCGUCUUUUGACAACAUCAAGUACGAUACCUUUGAAAUUGAGGAGUACCCUCUGUCUGCUCAGGGAUUCGAUUGGGAGUUAUGGUGCCGCUACCUGAAUCCUCCAAAAUCUUGGUGGAAGGUUGAAAAUACAACCGCACCAAUCAGGAGCCCGGCUCUGAUUGGCUGUUUCAUCGUGGACAGACUGUACUUUGAGGAGAUCGGUCUAUUGGAUGAAGGGAUGGAGGUGUAUGGAGGGGAAAAUGUAGAGCUGGGUGUGCGGGUAUGGCAGUGUGGGGGCAGUGUGGAGGUUCUGCCCUGCUCUCGAAUCGCCCACAUAGAAAGAGCCCACAAGCCGUACACCGAGGAUCUGACGUCCCAUGUGCGCAGGAACGCCCUGAGGGUGGCGGAGGUCUGGAUGGAUGAGUUUAAGAGUCAUGUCUACAUGGCCUGGAACAUCCCCCAAGAGGACCCGGGGAUUGACAUCGGUGACAUUUCCGAGAGGAAAGCCUUGAGGAAGAGGCUACAUUGUAAGACCUUCCGGUGGUAUCUUGUCACUGUGUAUCCCGAAAUGAGAACGUACUCUGACAACAUUGCCUACGGGGUGCUGCAGAACUCCUUGAAAACAGACCUGUGCCUUGACCAGGGGCCGGACACGGACAAUAUCCCCAUCGUCUACAUCUGCCACGGGAUGACACCACAGAAUGUUUACUACACCAGCAUGCAACAGAUACAUGUGGGGGUGCUGAGCCCGACCAUUGACGAUGACGACAAUCGCUGUUUGGUGGAUGUCAACAGCCGCCCGCGACUGAUCGAAUGCAACUACGCCAAAGCAAAGAGGAUGAAACUCUACUGGCAUUUUAUUCAGGGAGGAGCGAUACAAAACAAGAAGUCUAAGCGUUGUCUGGAACUUCAAGAAAACAGCGACAAUGAGUUCGGUUAUCAGCUGGUGCUUCAGAAAUGCAGCGGACAGAAAUGGAGCAUAACAAACUUUCACAAGAACAUAGUGACAUAGCGGAGCACGCCAAGGCCUGUCCAAUCGCUCCUCCUCUCCAGCAGGGGGCGCUGUACAGCACAGCUCAGCACAGACCAGGUUCUCUUUACACUACUUGAUUCCUUUGCUACCGUGUAGCAAAAAA